CGCACCGCGCGCAUCCGGCGAGGACAGCGGGCGACCGCGGGCACUGGCAAGGGCUGCGGGACUUGGGCUUGUCCUCAGAAAAGAAAUCUUUUGAUUACUUUGACACUGUGGAAUAAAGAGGGGGGAAAAAGAGACGAGGCGCACACGCUACACCUUCCACCUGCUCUAAGGGGAUUCCAGUGUAAAUGUCAAGAGAUUCCUGAGCUCUCUUUGCCAUCGGAGGAAGAAAUAGACACACGCGCGCGCACACACGCACGCUCCGGACCUCACUCCCAAGCCCUGCACCAGCGCACACCACCAGACUUCGGUUCCCUAUGCCCCUGAACGGGGACGGCGGAUUGGCAUCUUGGAAGCGAUGCGAGAGCGGUAAGGCUGGCGCGGGCCCGCGGAAGCUGCAGGAGCAUCGCUAGGUGUUGCCGCCACCAGGAAGCCGGGCUGCAGGAUGAGUAAGAGAUACUUACAGAAAGCAACAAAAGGAAAACUGCUAAUAAUAAUCUUUAUUGUAACCUUGUGGGGGAAAGUUGUAUCCAGUGCAAACCAUCAUAAAGCUCACCAUGUCAAAACGGGCACUUGCGAGGUGGUGGCUCUCCACAGAUGCUGUAAUAAGAACAAGAUAGAAGAACGGUCACAAACUGUCAAGUGCUCCUGCUUCCCUGGGCAGGUGGCAGGCACCACGCGAGCUGCCCCAUCUUGUGUGGAUGCUUCAAUAGUGGAACAGAAAUGGUGGUGCCACAUGCAGCCAUGUCUUGAGGGAGAGGAAUGUAAAGUUCUUCCAGAUCGGAAAGGAUGGAGCUGUUCUUCUGGGAAUAAAGUAAAAACAACUAGGGUAACCCAUUAACUAAGAAUAAAUCAAGGGAUCCUCAAGGCUGAUUACAUUGAACAUAUGCAUAAAAACUUCACCUCAGAAGUUUUCUUGAAGGAAGAUUUUUAUACUGCUCAGAAGAGGCACUCCAGACUCUUAUUUCCAAGGGAUUUCAUGGCUCGUAAUCAGCAUUUUCUUGAAAUCAAGACUUACAAAAAGUCAGAAAUGAACUUCUAUGUCAUGAAGAGUUCCUCAGAUUUGAACUGUGUUCAGCUUGUAAAAUUGCACUUGCUAUAAGAAUCUGAAGUCGCCAUCUGAAGAGUUGGUGUUUCCGGGUAUGUCAGAGACACUUGCCUUUUGGGCUCUCGGCUCCAAAUGUGACUGCUUUUCUUGUUUCUGAAAGUCUCCCAAGUGCACUGGCCUUCUGUCAUGGAUGUGUUCCUGGGUCUGGUCCUGUGUUCAGUGGCUAGUGGGACUGUAUAUGGCUUUAGUGACAUUUCCUUUACAAACUUCUCCUCUGGCAUGGUGUGGACUGAGAUUAUUUUAUUUGUAUCCUAAUCUUGGAGCUCUGAAAGCCUACAUGUUUUAACAUCUUAAAAUUGCUUUUGUUAAAGGAAUGGAAAAAUAUAUCCAGUGAUAAUAAUUAUUGUUGGCAAGUAAUAGUUACCUGAAUACAUCAAUCACAUAAGAAUGUAUAGACUAGCUGACAUGUUUCCCCAAGGCUAACACACUACUGCAGCUCUCUGUCAGUUAAAUAAGUAGUAGUUAGAACUGAAUUACCGUUUUCAUUAUAUACUAUUUUGUACCUCUAGAGCACUCUCCCUUUCUGUUUUUUUUUUA